UCCACGCGCGGGCGAGAUCGCGAGAUCUCGCUGGGUCGGUCACGUGACAUCGUACUUCCACAGUUAUUUUUCAGGCAUGAUGGCGCCAAACGCCAGUAUUCACUUUUAUGUAAAUAUAAUAUUGAUUUGGUGCGUACCGCGAUCGAGCACGAGCGUUCGCCGUACCGGGGCCGGCCGUCGAAAGUAACCCCCAAGAGCCGGGGUAAGCGCGCGGACCCGCCGGCGGUGUGAGAAAGACGGACUGGCCCGAGUGCCGCCCGCCUGGAAUCGCUAAUGAGGACAUGUUGGUUAGGCUGCCGUGACAGGGAGCGAGAGAGAGAGAGAGAGGACCGAGGCCGUUACGCACUUGCAAGCAGCAGCCCGUUCGGCGUGAACGCGGCGGCUCGGGAGCGCGCACGGCUAUCGCCGGCGGCCCCGCGGCCGGUUUCACGCCCGCUCGCGAUCACGUGCGUGCUAAGCGCGCGGAAAUAUAUCCGGCUAAUAGAUCAAUAAUAAGCAGCAGCAGCAGCAGGAGCACCAGCAGCAGCAACGUAAUGGAGCCGUGAGCAUUCUCGUAGAUGUACGCAAUUGCAUCAGUUGCCCUUGCCGACCGUGAUCCGCAGUGUGUACAAUGAGAUUUAACGCCGCCCGCGGCCCGCUCGACCGUCGACACGUGCAUUUUGAGGAAAAUCUGCUUUCCAGAUAAUAAAUAUAUGGAUAACUAUGUAGGUGCAUACAAUUCACCUGCAUGUGCCACGUACCACUAGCUUAUUUGGCAUAGUAGAAUGGCACAACGAGGCAAGAGGCAUAGGAACGACAAUGAUCUGGCGUCUUGUCCGGGCGCUAUUAAGAGGCGCAAGUGUAGAUUGGGCCCAGCUGCCACUGGUUCAUCGGCAUUGGCAGCGACCAUGGGGCCCUCAGAAGAGGAGGAAACGAUGGCGUCAUCCAGCCAAGGGGGGGCAUCCUGGACCGCCCGACCUGUUAGUGAUAUCAAGAUUCCCAGCAUAUACAAUCGAUCGUCUGCUGAGGCACCGGCGGAGUUAUUUCGCAAAGAUCUGAUCAGCGCUAUGAAAUUGCCAGACAGUGAACCAUUAAGUCCAAACGAAUAUUGGGUUAUAACUGAUCAGUGGAAACAGGAAUGGGAAAGAGGUGUUCAAGUACCCGUUAAUCCGGAUUCUCUUCCCGAACCGACGGUUACUGUUACGCAAACGUCUCCUUUGAAGUUACAAACUGAAUUCAAAUUGCCUAAAAAGUUCGUAAGAAUAUCCCGUGAUGAUUAUUUUAACUCAGAAGAUCAUCAUUUAAGUACUACUCCAGCAAGAGCAGAGAAAGCUUGUGCUUAUGACCUUGACGAUACUGACAUUGCCUGGUUGGAUGUAUUUAAUGGUGAACGAGCACAGGCUGGACAACCGCCGGUUACAGAAUCGCAAUUGGAACGUGUAAUAGAAGAGUUGGAAGUGCGGUGUUGGGAAAGAAUUCAAACAAUCGUGAAAAAUGAGGAGGGUCUUGGAAUUGAAUAUGAUGAAAAUGUCAUUUGUGAUGUAUGCAGAUCGCCGGAUUCAGAGGAGGGUAAUGAAAUGGUAUUUUGUGAUUGUUGCAACAUAUGUGUACAUCAAGCUUGUUACGGCAUUACUUCGAUACCCGAUGGUUCGUGGUUAUGUAGAACUUGUUCGUUAAGUCAAAGGCCCGACUGUGUAUUAUGCCCUAAUAAGGGUGGUGCAAUGAAAUGUACACGAAGCGGUCAAAAAUGGGCUCACGUUUCGUGUGCACUCUGGAUUCCCGAAGUUAGCAUUGGUUGUGUAGAGAGAAUGGAACCAAUUACAAAAAUAUCCAGUAUUCCGCAAAGUCGGUGGGCUCUAAUUUGCGUUUUAUGCCGCGAACGUGUGGGUGCUUGCAUCCAAUGCAGUAUAAAAACAUGUAAGACAGCGUAUCAUGUUACCUGUGCUUUUAAAUAUGGGCUUGAAAUGAAAGCGAUUAUCGAGGAUGAAAUGGCAGACGAUGGUGUGAAAUUAAGGUCAUAUUGUCAAAAGCACAGUAGAACAAAUACAAAAGAUAAAGUCGGCGUUGGAGGUAGUGUAGGAAGUGGUGGUGGAAAGGGAGCAUCAGAUUCCGAGGAUGGUGAAUCCAGACGGCGCAAACGAAAAGACAUGACUUCUGAAGAGAAAAAUCAAGCACGCGCAGCCAAAUUGCAAGAAAUUGAGGCGGAAUUCGAUAAACAUGUUAGUAUAAAAGACAUUACCUCUCAACAAUUGGACAUAGAUCCUGACAGCAUUGUGUAUUAUAACUAUUGGAAACUUAAAAGAAGAGCCGGUCAUAAUAAACCAUUGUUGGCACCUCGUUGCGGCGAGUUAUCGAGCGCGGGCGCACGCGCUCAGGGUCAGGCAGCGGACGUGGAGAAGAUGCGUACUUUCGUUCAACUGCGCCAAGAUCUUGAACGCGUACGUAAUCUGUGCUACAUGGUCGGUCGCCGCGAGAAACUUUGUCGCACUUUCCUGAGGUUGCGCGAACAGACCUUCCAUAAGCAGACAGCGGUGAUGGCUGGGCCACCACUGUCUCCGGCGGCAGCCGUCGCUGUCAUCGAGGCUAAUCAUGGGCCUUCGAUAUACGAUCGUCUCUACUCUCAUCCCGAUGCUGAGGAUCACACGCACGAUUUUGAAACGAUACUUGCACGGAUCGCGGGUGUCGAAUCACCUACGCCGGCAUUGAGCGACGAAAAGAAGGUCCAACCAGACUUUAAUGGUGCAUCUAACAAAAAGAUUUACUUCAACGGUUCCGUCAGACGGAAGAGCCUAUACGGCAGUGAUCUUUCGUCGAUGAGCAGCAGCGAGACAGACGUGAAACCAGAAAGAAAACCUGGAACUGGCAAAUGUACGAACAAGUCCAAGAGUUUGAAAGUCGAGAGCGAAUCGAGCACGGAAGAUGAAGGAAAUGCAACGUCAAAGAGCAAAACUCCCGUCACUAGGCGAAAAUCGAAGAAGAACGCGUCGGACAGGGGACCGCGAGUCAAAUUGCGCGACAGCAGCGAGAGUGACAAGCUGGAUACGGUCAACAGAUCGCGUACUCUGCAACACAUGGAGCUCGGUAGUUCUGGUAGCGAGAGCGACGAAUUGUUGCCGUUGAGCACCAACGCCAGCUCUCGUCUCGGACCAUCCGUUGCUUCUGCUAUAUAUUCGGAUACCGAUUCGGACUCGCAAGAACAUCAUUCCCAUUCGGCUGUACUUAUCACGAAAGCCGCGGUGAAGGAAUUCUCAGCGGCAGAUUUAUCCAAGAAUAAUCAGAAGAACUUUGCGUCUAAGGAUGCUCCAAAAUCAGAAUAUCAGGAUGAAUGUACGAAGAACAAGGAGAACAUGAAAAAUCCUAAGAAAAAGGAAUACAUACCAUCCGCUCUAAUAGUUCCACAGCGCCAAGCGGCAAAGAAGGCAUCGGAAAUUAUGCAGCGAACGCAGAAUAAGAAGGAGAAUACCACGAGCGAGCCUGUAGAGUUUGUGAAAUCGCCUGGGGAACCUGUAAAACCAACCAAGGAGAAACCAUCUGGUAAGAAACAGCGUGACAAUAAGGCACCGAAGGACGCUAAAAACAACGAUGUUUACGAUUUUGACAAAGAAUUUGGCGAUGGCACGGAGAUCCUCGCUUAUGUUCCGCAACGGCAGGCCGCUAAGAAGGCUGCGGAACAUAUCAAGAGCGGCAUGGGCACAAAAACUGCUCAACCGGAUGCCGAGACUGCGGAUAUCAAACCAAAGAAGGAAUUACCGGAUGGCGGUAAGAAGAAGGAAGUCAUCAAGAAAGAGGAUUCGCCCAAGAAAGAGGAAUUGCCAACGAGAAAGGAAGAGCCGUCGAAAGAGAGACGAGGGAAGAAACAGAUGCCCGAGAGCAGCAAUAGCGAGAGUAGUAGCAGCGAAAGCAGUAGUGGCAGCAGCUCCUCGGAAAGUAGUAGCGAUUCCGAUGUGGCCAAGAGUCCGUCACAGAAAAUGUCGAGCAUUGUUAAGGAGCCAGCUUCCUCUUCGACCACCACCAAUACCACAUCUUCAGAAAGCGAUACCGGUAAUCAAGUGAAGAACAAGACCGUGAAUAAGCGACAAACGGUGAAUAAAGUCGUAGACGAGGUGAUCGAAUCCGAGAAGAAGACUCUCGCGGGGCGGAAACUCAAGAGGCUGCCUGAUAAGAAGCUUAAAACUUCCGACGGGCGGCAUGGACCAGAGUUUCAGCCGCCGCUUAUUGAGAGAGAAGAAUCAAGUAGAGCCACAGUACCUAAAGAGCCACAGCAACAACAACAGCAACAGCAGCAGUCACCUGGUAAGAAAGUCGAUCAAAGAGACUCCAAAAAGUCAACAUCCCUGCAAUCACAACAGUCACUUGAACAAAGUGUGCUCGGUGGCUGUCGAGAUAAUGAUGGGCUACGAAGUGUUUCUGGGGCCAAGUCUACCAAGAAAUCUGGUCAGUCAACUAAACAGAUGCAACAACAACAGUUCACUCUCAGAAGCAAAGAGGACGGCAGCGGCGGCGGAACAACGCCCAGAACGAAGUCGGAAACUCGUAAACGAAAAUCAAGUGAGGUUACUGCAAAAGACGACAAGGGUAACAAGGAAACGACACCGAUCAAGAAAGUGGAAAAGAAACUAACGGAAAAAAUAAACAAGGAAACUGAAAAGGACAACAAGCAUGAUGCUAUUAGCAAUAAGAAUGUUUCCGCAGAAUCUCCGAAGGCGAUUGAGAAUACUGCUAAGACGGACGACAAAAAGAUUAAGAAAACUAGCAAUAGAAAUGCGAUUAAUACGUUGGAGGAGGAAAUGAAACAGCGACGAGCGGAACGGGAUAGUCCGAAGAAAUCGUCGAGGGGAUUGGAUAAGCUCCUUGAAAAGCGCGAGCAUCUAGAUAAAUUAUCAAGGAAUAAAAUUGCUCAGAAGGAGAGAUCUGCAUGCAAUGAGAACAAAGACAAGGUCACAGCAUCGGAGAAAUCGACGAAGGAGCCUGUUAAAAACGACAACGUUAAGAAUCAUAUGAAUGAAGAAAUCGCGGUGCUGGAUGUCAUGAAAUUGGAAAAGGAGGAUGGAAAGAGGGACGCUGUCGAGAUUACGUCGGAGAAGUCUGCGGACAAGAAAAAGAAGGCAGAGCAAAAGCUCGAGAGCGAGACGCAGGCUGCCGUUGAAAUGAUCACGACCGAAGAGAACAGCGCUAAAGAGUCCAACAUUGAUAACAUCUGCUCGAGAUCGAUGCUCGAUAAACCCGAAACCAUGAUGCCCGAGAAAGAGUGUCAGCAAAAGAGGAGAAAGUCCGUCAAUCGUUCCAUCUUUUCGCCGCAGCAUGGCAGCAAGGAUCCUAGCGUGUCGGAGCUGUUCGACUUCGAUCAGGACAUUCUGUCCGAUGAUAUAGUGAAUGACGACGGCUUCAGCAUACCACGCGACGAGGAGCGAGGAACGGCGCCUCUCUCGUUCUCCUUCAACAAUGAGCUUUGGUUCAAGGAAGACAAAGAGGAUAGCGCACGCGAAACUCUGCAUUUGGUGGAGAAACUGCGUUUAGAGCUAUCGAAGAAAUCGAAUUCUAGUCAGUUCGAAUUGGAAUCCGUUCCGGCGGAAGAGGAGCUUCCGAAGAAGGAAGAGCCGCCUUUUCAUUCGGUCGAUAAACCAACGACAGAAGAGCAGCAGUUGCUGCUCCAAGGAAAGGUGGAUGUAUUGGAGCAACAAUCGGUGGAACAGCAGCCACAACCGAUUGUGCCGGUUGAGAUGAAGAGUAAUAGCGGGCCGGAAUCCGUGCAAGUAUCUGAGGAUCUUACGUGCAAAAAUCACACUAUUGAAGACAAAAGAAAACCCUGCUAUUCGAGCAAUAGUAACAAUGAUCAACAUUACAUGUAUGGAAACGAGGAGCGCGAGACGGCUAAAGUGACGUUGUGGAGCCGUGCGAAGCUCGACAGGGCCGAGGCGGAGGGAUGGGUGCCGCCGAGCAUGGACAAUUUUAAUCCCGUGAUGUGGCAACAUUUGAACACGCUAAUCGACAACCAGAAUCACCGUUACGCCGCCGCAGCCGCCGUCGCGCAUCAAUUCCCGAACGAUAUCAAUGCCGUAAUGCCGGAUCCCAUGGCAAAUCCUGACGCUUUAGUCGCCCAUCUGCAGCUCAAUAUACCUAUAUCGUCGGACCAGUAUCUGCAGUUGCAGCAGACGCACCCGAUGGAGCGGGUACAGCAGCAUCUCGAGGCGCAGCAUGUGGUACAGGAACAGUCGCGGAUGCAGUCUCUCGCGCUGAUCGAUCAGCAACAAGUAUCGGCGACUGGCGCGGGAAUACCAGCGCAGAUCGUUGACGAGAUCACGCCCAUGGAGAUGAACCGUCAUUUGAUCAGUCUACCCAAUUCGGAAGACUGCGAUCAGAGCAGCGAAAUGGAUCGUGUGCUAGACAAGGAGGAUGUCUCGUCGGACAUUAGGCAGGAUACCACGCAGAGCGGUUCGCCUUACAACGAGCUCAAUGGUCGCCGCCCGGAUACGCGAUUGGGCAGAAACCAAGUGCUACCUUCGCGUAGAUCUACCAUCGUCAUCCAUCACCUCCGCAUCCCCGCGGAAGAACACGCGGCUAUACCGCCCUACAAAGGCGUACCUCCGAUACCACCGUAUCCACCGUGCACGAUAGACGCGACGCCUUAUCAUUCGUAUUCGGAGACCGGGUCUUACGGUGCCGGAGGGUCGCUGUUUCCACCACAGUCGUGCGCCGCACAGUUACAGUAUCCGUCACCUUUCCCACCACCCUGCGCACCUUUCCCGACUCCACCUCUGCUGCCGCACGUGCAACCCCUCGAGGAGUCGCUGAACCUGCAGGCGUCGUUGACGGCCGCUUUCACCUCGUCGUCGACAAACAUGGCGCUCACCGCGGCCAUGGUAUCGCCUACGAAGGUGACUACACCUCCACCACCUCAAGCACCGUCAGCACCGCCAUCAACAGCGGUGUCGCAGCAGCAGCAAUCACCUUCAACGCAGCCGCCGUCCUCGGAAACACCGGGGCACACGCCGUCUUUGCAGCAGGUUAAUUCGCCCACGUACGUACCAACGUCUUUCCUCAAUAUCCAUCCGGAGACGCAGGUCAGUAGCGAGACCGUCGUGGAGAAUAUAACGGAGGAGGUGCUUGGCGUGGACAACAAAAGCGCGUCGUCCGGAAAGAAGUCGCCGUCGAAGCCAACGAGAACGUCCGCCAGGGUGACAUCGUUGCAGGGCAAAUCGCCCGGUAAAUCGCCGCGUCAGGAGACCACCAGACCCGCGCCGACCGCUCGCGGUCGCGGUAGGGGUGCUAAGGGAUCUCAGCACUCGAGUUAUCGCGGCCGCGGUCGCGGCCGAGGACGAGGCCGCGGUAGAAACAAUCAGAAUGCGUCGAUCGCGAUGAUGCCACCCAUGAACGCGAUGCACAACGACGACUCGAUACAGAACAAGCUUGUAGGCACCGUGUACGACUUCGAUUCCGACGAGGAUUCCGCGAACGAGACCAAUAUCGCGGAUCUGCGGACGAUGCGCGAACGAAAGAGAUCCACCGACGUGAACGAGAAGACGCGGAUAAGCGAGCCGCUGGGCGGUAUGACGAACGACGGCGGUAUCCAGUCCCAUCUGUCUAGUCCUACGUUGCACACCGCGAAGAAAUACGCCGACGACAAGAAGCUCUCAUCACCGGCGGCGCAUCACGAUCAUCAGGCUGUUAUGGCCAAGUCCGAGUCGAGCGUCAGUCAUCAGGCUUUCGUUGAUAAUACGGUUAUGCCGUUGUUGCCGGGUCCGGUUGACAUGCGUACGUAUAACUCGACCGUGGAUCAACCGAGCUCGUCAGUGCACGGACAAUCCUACGGUAACCAUUUGCUGGGCACUUUCGCCGCGAGCGUAUCUGCAGAAUCGAACUUGCCGGACAUCGAUGAUCUGGAGAACGAGCUGUUACCCGAUAACUCUUACGUAUUGAAGAAGCUCGCCGGCAAACAGCAGCAAUUCGCGAGCGGCGGCUUCGAGGACACGUGCUCCAAACCGGUGUUUGCUGAUCCGUCAACGAUGGAUCCGUCAUCCGCGGCCAGCUUCGACACCAAUAAGGUUUCUUUGACCGACUCUAGGAAUCAAUUGAAGGUGAAGAUCAAAGGUCCAUUCCUUGAUGCGAAUUACGCGCCGGCGCCAUCGGUACCACCCUUGGCUCAACAAGCUCCGGUGAUAAUCGCACCGACGUCCACCAACGCGUCGGUCGCUUCGGGCACGUCGAAUCUACGUCGUAUGCGUAAGAAGGAACUGCUGCGCCAAUACUGUUCGCAGGAUAUGAACAUGGAUGAUCCAGCGGGCGGUAGCGUAACUUCUGCGCCCAUCAUCAUUCCGCCUGUCAAUCGUACGGUCAUCACCAUCCCCAAAGCCGUGGCGUCCAUGACGAGUAUACCAACCCGCGAGGACUACAAGGCGGUCGUCGACGCGAAUAUGGAGAAGAAACGACGGAAAGAACGCGGAGGCGGCAGGUUCCUUGAUGUGGUAGCUGUCGAGGAUGAAAGCAGUGGCGACAAGAGACGCGGUCUCGUCGUGGGCAAUGUCAGCGAUCGUCGAAGAGGAAGACAGACCAGACCCGCGGCGACCAGCGCCGGGCCGCCGAAGCUGAAGAUCAAGAUCGGUAAUAGUAUAAUCGGCGGCCAGGAGGUAGGUAACAUCCAGGACGAUCGUAGCAGGAUAAGACCACCGAAGAAACGACUGAGCAGCAUCCCGAGCACGCCCAGCAUGGAGGAACUCCGUCGCGAAAGCAUGAAGUUCCGCAAGAUGAUCAUGGCGGGCUUCGACAACGACGAGAAGACCAAGAGCAAGCGCGACAAGAACGGCAAGCGGAAGAAGCGGCAAUCCAAGAAUAAGGAGGCGCGAGUACAGUGCGUCCUGGAGGACGGUCCCGCGCCACCCAAGAUCAUUAUUCGGUGGAGCAAGGUAGCGGGUGCAAACUCGUCGAACAAUGACCCACCGAACGACGCGCCGGCCACCGGCGACGAGGACGAGAAUCACCAGCAGGCACCAUCGGACAAGGACAGCCGAGUAGGUCCACCGCCGCCCGAGCCCACCCAUAAGGACGAAGUGGGAAUCUACCCGACUAUCGGGGAGAGCAACGUCGACGACAAGCAGCCUACGGAGCCGAACGCCGGCGUGACUGCCCUCAGGAACGUCCGUUCGGCGAAGGUGACGCCGAUCCGGUUAAAACUCACGCGCUGCCAGGAGGGCUACGAACUGAAGGAUCCGAUGCGAGUAGCGAGCAGCGCGAGUGCGGACGACGACGGUGGUGGUGGUGGUAGUAAUAGCAGUAAUAGUAGUACUAGCAGUAGUAGUAGUACUAGUAGUUGUAGUAGUGCGACGACAACGACGGUGACGUUGGUGAACUCGGUGGCGCCGUUGCCGAUCGGCGGUGUCGAGCAGGAGGAGGACGAGGAGAGGGUGAUGGUGACGGUGGGGCCGACGACGACGACGGAACGAUUGAUCCCCAUCCCCGUUCCCACCGCCGCCGAAACGAGGUCGUCCGAGCAAGAGGAGCAGCAGACUCCGCCGGAGAAGCAAUCUUCCAAAGAGGACGAUAUUCCAUUGCUGCCCCAGUCCGCGAAUCACAGCUCAUCGCCGGGGCGUCCGCCCGCACCGCUCCCGCAAGGAUGCCAAGUUAGGUGAUAAUUAAUGAUAAUUGUAUAAUACAGUAAUUUAGUGGUUCUUUCUUAGACGAUUCUAUACAUAUAUCGCGUAAGCGGGUGUGUAUUAUGUAUAUGUGUGUAUAUAUAUAUAUGUACAUGAUAUAUCUCUCUUGGAUUGGCGAUCCUACGCUUUAUAUAUAUAUAUAUAUAUACAUAAGAUACACUCGUCUACGCAUAUACGCAAACCAUACGACAGAUGUAUAUUGUUCAAUGUUGAGACAGAGACUCACUAGAGAGAAAAACGUUGUAAGAGUGUAAUAUAAAUUAUUGAUUAUUGUAAAUGAUCUGAGGGUGAAGUGAAAUUUCACAAAGUGCCCAAAAUUUACGGUAAAUACUACAAAAAUGACAAAAAAAAGGAAACACAUGCAUUUCUUCGGAUGUAUCAGUGAACCGCAUUAAGGUGUACGUAUUCAUUGCACAGUCGAAUCCAUAAAGCUCACAACUUAUCUUUAUGUUUAAUUCUUAAAAAAAAUUUUAUAAAAUUUUUUAAUGCAAUUAUAUAUAUAAAUAUUGUUGUACAUUAAAUAAACAGUUUUUAGAUCGAGUCAAUCUCAUCUGGAGCAAAGAACACUAAUAGCGAUCCAUAGAGCUUACAGCUUAUUUUUGUGCUCAAUUCUUUCUUCUUUAAAAAUUAAUUCUUAAAAAAAUUAAUUUUAUAAAAAAAUUUUGCGCAAUCGUUUUUGGAUCGAGCCAAUCUCAUCUGGAGCAAAAAAACAGUCUAUCACAGAUAGUAUCUUUUCGUUCUUGGAUAUCAAAAGUUUUUUUCUAAAGAAAUCCUGAAAAGAGAAUUGUUGAUCGAUCAAUAUAACUUGUUAUGUACUAAUUUCUAUAUGUUAUUUAAUUAAUUUAUAA